AUGAAAAGACAUCAAAGGGGAGCAGAAAAAAGGAAAAACAUCUUAAAAAUCCAGGAAUUUGUUGAAAGUCAGAAAAAUGCAUUUUAUAAAUAUUUGUUAGUAAAUAGCAAUAUCAAGUUACCUGUGCCAUCAACAUCUUCUUUUGAACCUUGCCACAGACCAAUAAGUGUUGAAAAAAGGGAAGAAGAAAGAGAAAGUGAACAUCAGGUUGAUGAAAAAAAUAGUGAGAUAACAGAAGACAGAGAAAAUCCAGAUAAAUUGUAUAAUAAGAAAAAUGAAGAAAUUAAUGAUACAUCCAAAUUAAUAACUGGCUUUGAAAAUUGGAGAUCAAUAACAGUUGUUUUAUCAGACCAUGAAAUUUUAAAAGAACACAUGUCAUCUAUGUGCACUCUGUACAAAAGAUCAACUGCUUUGAGCAGAAUUGAUGCUCAGCUUUUUAGGAAAGAGAAAAAGAGUAUUAUUGGAGAGAAUAAGUCACUGCAAUCAAUAGAAUGUGAAUUAUUUAAAGGAUCAAUGCUACUUAAAUCAUUAGACAGUUUUAUUGAGAAUUUCAGAAAUGAUUAUGAAAAAGUUAUGACAGAAGCAACCGAUUUAUCAGGAUUACAAUCUUUUAGUGAGGAAGAUGAAGUAACUUUUAACAGAAGAAAAAGAAAUGCGUUUUUUGAUGAAAAUAAAGAAGAGUAUAAAUUUACAACUAGAGAGAAUUUUAAAAUCAAUACAUUUUAUGUCAUAUGCGAUAGUAUUAAAACACAAUUGCUACAAAGAGUUCAAAAAUAUGAGGUUGUUUUGAAACAUUUUCGUAUAUUUCUUGAUUGGAAUUUGUCAGAAGAAAAAAAACAAAAAUCAUUGAAAGAAUUGAAAAAUAUUUACAGAAAUGACAUUGAUGUUUGUAAUUUGGAAGAUGAACUAAACCAUUUUUUAUUUCUUUUGAAGGAAAAUGAGGACGCCAUUAUGAAUAAGCCAGAUAAUUCAAGUAAUAACAAAGAUUUAUCAUUUGAAAGAAUCUAUAAAGCCGCUAAAGAAAUGUCAUGCACAUUUCCCAAUAUUAAAAUAUUACUGUUUUGA